CAUACACACAGAGCAGACAACAGCACCUGUCAGCCUCAUCUGAACCUUGCAUUCCUGAAGGUUCACAAGUGUGGGUCCUCUCUCCUGUCCCACAUGUUCCUACGGUUUGGUUAUGAGCAUGAUCUAAUCACUGCCCUCCCACGGAUAAAAGGCGCUGCUCUCAUUGGCCAUAUGGGAAAGAUAGGAGAUAAUGCCUACCUUCAUCCCCCUGGCGGAAAACGCUGGAACCUCUUCGCCCACCACGCCAUAUACAACAGAACACGCUUUCAGGAGCUUAUGGCUUCCAAUACAAGGUACAUAACCAUUCUACGAGAACCAAUACAACGGCUGCAGUCUGCCUUCAGGUAUUUUGACCUUGGAUCGAAGUUCCCUGGACUUCAGGAGAAAACGCCCAAAGGAACACCUGACGUCAUAACCUACCUUAAAGACCCCGCUUACUGGGAUAAAAAAUUCAAGGUACCCAAAACGCUAAAGAAAGAGGAACACUACUGCUUCAGAAACUGCAUGGCGCGUGACUUGGGACUCCAAGAGAGCGAUUACGAAAAACACACCGCCGUUCAAGAGUUUGUACAAGGGAUCGAAAACGAUUUCUCGAUGGUCCUGAUCUUAGAACGCCUGCCAGAAUCUUUGGUACUGCUGAAACGACGCAUGUGUUGGACACUAUACAGCAUUCUCUACACAAUGGGGGUUCACACAAGAAGACAGAGGUAUAAACGUCAUAUACCCAUCACUGCCGCAAUGAAAAGCGCCUUCUACAAGCACAACUAUGCCGAUGCAAUGUUAUACACUCGUUUUAACGACUCCUUCCACAAGCAGAUCAGCCAAGAGGGUGACGACUUUUAUGGAGAGGUGAAACAUUUUAUGCGCGUCAACAAUGCAGUUUCAAGGUACUGCAAAAAAAAGAAAAGGAAAUCAAAUUUUAAAGAAAAUAUGACAGUAGACCAAAGCAGGUGGAACGAAGCUUUUACUGUUGAUAUAACACUCUGUAGGAUAUAUGGAAAAAAGAGACUGUAUUUCGACAUAAUGUUACGACGAGCCUAUAACGAGAAGUGAGUACGGCGAAAUUUGUUCUUACAAUUAGGUCACGU